AUGGAGGAGAGGCUGAAACUGAGCUGCGACAGCACGACGGAGGAAGUGGAUGCUACGCAGUACCGACGCCUUGUGGGGAGCCUUUGCUACCUCGCCCACACACGGCCGGACUUGGCAUUCUCCGUCGGCUAUGUCAGUCGGUUCAUGGAGCGACCGACGUCGGAGCACCAGCAGGCAGUGAAGAGGAUUGUCCGCUACGUAGCAGGGACCCUCGACCACGGCCUCCACUACCCUAGGUGUCCGGGGGCGGCACACUUCGUCGGGUACAGCGACCACGCCGGCGACAUCGACACCAACAAGAGCACGAGCGGGAUCCUCUUCUUCCUCGGCAAGUGUCUCGUGAGCUGGCAAUCGGUCAAGCAGCAGGUGGUGGCCCUGUCCAGCUGUGAGGCUGAGUACAUAGCGGCCUCCACCGCCUGCACUCAGGCGCUCUGGCUCGCUCGACUGCUUGGUGAUCUCCUCGUUCGAGACACCAGAACGGUGCAGCUCCUGGUGGACAGCAAGUCCGCCCUGGCCCUGGCAAAGAACCCCGUUUUCCACGAGCGGAGCAAGCACAUCCGACUGAGGUAUCACUUCAUCCGCAGCUGUCUGGAAGAAGGGAGCAUCGAGGCGAGCUACAUCAACACCACAGACCAGCUCGCAGACCUGCUCACCAAGCCCCUUGGGAGGACCAAGUUCCUCGAACUUUGCUCCAGGAUCGGGAUGAUUCGACUCUCCCACAAAACGACGUACAAGACUUAG